GGUGAAACAGAGCACGACUGGCCAUGUUUCGGCUGUGCGCCCGCCUUCGAUCGUGGAGCGUUCGGUCAUCUGCUCAAGCUAGAUGCAUGGUCACGAAUAUAGCGGUGGGCGGAGUCGACCGAGCGAGGUCUCGCGAUCAGGACAGGAUAGGUCAAACAGCAUUGAUGGGCCACGCGAUUGACUGAUCACGAUGUACGACUCAGACUCGAGACUAAAGCAUGUGCACUCGUGGUGGUUCGACCCGGGCGCGGUCGAUGUGCAGAAGUGGUGUGCCUCGAAGUCAGGAGUAGGCUGCCUGGUUUUCAACUCCAAGAGUGUUCUGCGUACGGCGUUUACUAACUACCGAAAGGAACGCAUGCAUCCGGCUUUCCUUCAUUUCGCUGGACUUCAGCCACAUCUUGGAGAGAAGCUCAUUCACAUGUCAACGUUGAUUGCAGGGCUUCCGCAUUCUCCCCAGAGUCGUCGAUGCCGGACGCUAGAGGCGUCAGCAACACUCAUGACUCGCGGACCACCUCCUACAUAGGCACUCUCGAAAAUGUCGUGGAUGAACUCAGGCGCUACUGAGACCUCACCUGAUAUUUCGAAUGGUGCAUCAUCGCGCUGCCGCGCACGCUAUAUACGCUGCAUACCAUGCGGC